AAAUCAAGGCCAAAAUGCUAACAGUUGUGAGGAAAUCGCUGGGCAGCUUGAGCCUUCAUCUGCCGUUUAAUCUCCUAGCAAGAUACAAAUCAACCGACGAUGCCAAGACCGCUCUGAUCAUUCUGGCCCCGGGAGCCGAGGAAAUGGAGUUUACCAUCUCCGCGGAUGUUCUGCGGCGAGGAAAGAUCAACGUUACGGUGGCGGGCUUACAUGACUGUGAGGCGGUUAAGUGCUCCAGGUCGGUGGUCAUUGUGCCGGAUACUUCUCUGGAGCUGGCCUUGACCCAGGGAUGUUAUGACGUAGUGGUCUUGCCUGGAGGAUUGGCCGGAAACAAGGCGUUGAUGAACUCGUCUGCUGUUGGUGAACUGCUGCGUUGCCAGGAAUCAAAAGGCGGACUGAUUGCUGCUAUCUGUGCUGCUCCCACUGCGCUGGCCAAGCAUGGGAUAGGAAAAGGAAAAUCUAUUACAUCGCAUCCAGAUUUAAAGCUCCAACUGAAGGAUCAUUAUUGCUAUAUAGACGACGAGACUGUGGUUCAGGAUGGAAAUCUCAUUACUAGUCGUGGUCCUGGUACAUCCUUUGAUUUUGCAUUAAAGAUUACCGAGCAGCUUUCUGGCGUUGAAGUGGCCAAGGAGGUCGCCAAGGCAAUGCUUUGGACAUAUAAAUCCUAAUUGGAGUUACAUUAAAAUAUCCAUUUUUCCGUACAAUAUUUAGGAUUAUAUUGUUCAAAAUAAAUAAUAUUUACUUAAAUAGUUUUUUUCUAGAGUUCGAAAAUAA